AUGCGCGGCGCGAAGCACGCGGUUUCGCUUGAAUCGGUCUUCGGCGACACGGCCUCGCUCUAUUUGAUCCUAGAGCUGUGUGCAGGAGGGGACCUGCUAUCGCGCAUCGAGCGGAAAGGUCGGUUGCCUGAACGCGAAGCGCGGCGGGUGUUCGCGUCCGUGGUUCGCGCUGUGGAGGAGUGCCACAUCCGCGGUAUUAUCCACCGCGAUAUAAAGCCCGAAAACAUUCUCCUCUGCCCCGUAUCCCCUUCCAAGGCCAAGCCCCGGCGCGAUCCCCGCUCGCGGAACCCCGUCUCCGAGGAAUUCGCCCCCAGGCUCGCGGAUUUCGGGCUGGCGAUUCCGCUGCGCGCGGACCAGCAAGUGGUUGGCUACGCGGGAAGCUUCCCCUACGAGGCGCCCGAGGUGGUUGCGCGCGCGCCGUACGACGGCUCCGCUGACGUGUGGAGCCUCGGCGUGCUGCUAUUCGCCAUGCUCACGGGAUCGUGGCCGGGAUUCACGGAGGGCGACGCGGACAGGCGGCUGGAGCGCGCGGUGGACUGGCGCGCGGAGAGCUGGGCGGGGGUGUCGGCGCGCGCAAAGGCGCUGAUUGCGCGCUUGAUGGCGGUGGACCCGGAGAAACGGCCGAGCGCGGCUGAAAUACUGCAGGACGCUUGGUUUGUCGAGAAGGAUUGUUUGGCGGAUGGAGAGGGAGUGCAGCGGUGCGGCUCCACGCGGAUGACACGUGGAACCAAGAGCGGCUGCCACGUGGCGCUGACCAUCGACGUGGGGUACGGGUUAGAUGACGAGCAGGGCUCAGGUGGAGUCCACGUGGACGUGAACAGUGCGCGUCGCCUGGGAGGAGCUGUGCCUUCAUGGGUGGGUGGGGGCGUGUCGCUGUUGGUGGAGCAAGGCAGUGAGUAG